ACACGAUACCGUCCCAGUUACUUGAGCGAUGUCCUAUCUCGCACACCCAUAAGGUCGCUGACAUCCCUCACAGCUCUACACAAUUGUACUUAGACGUUUUCAAUUUGACAGAGUAAAUCGCAGACUUUGAAUUAUUAUUAUUUAAUUUUUUAGCUUACUCGUGACUCAGUGUGACCAUUUUUGAGGGGCCUGCUAGGAGGACGACCCUGCUGCUUGAGCCGCCAUGUUUCUGGCCUUAGUGGUGACGCCAGAGCUGAAGGAGUUUCUGGCCCGGGCGAGAGGGGGAGCGGUGCGCCUCCUUAAGGUGCGCAUACAAGACGAGCAGCUGGUGCUGGGGGCCUACAGGGAACCAGAGCAGAGCUGGGACCAGGACUACGACCACUUCCUGCUUCCUCUGCUUGACCGGCAGGAGCCCUGCUACGUGCUAUACCGCCUGGACUCCCACAACGCUCUGGGCUUUGAGUGGCUUUUCCUAUCCUGGUCACCUGAUCAGUCUUCCGUCAAAGACAAGAUGUUAUAUGCUGCAACUCGCGGCACCGUGAAGAAGGAGUUUGGAGGUGGCCAUGUGAAGUAUGAGAUGUUUGGCACACUGGAGGAGGACAUCUGCCUGUUGGGCUACCAGCGUCACGUGUCGUCGUGCUCGGGUCCUGCCCCGCUCACGCUAGCUGAGCAGGAGCUGCAGAGGAUCAAGAUCACCGAGGGGCGAGUCAAACAGGUUACAACAGAGAACAGCGUGGAUAGUAAGCAGCAAACCCUUCAGGGCCUGGCAUUCCCACUGCAGGAGAUGGCCAGACGAGCCCUCCAGCAACUUGCUCAGAAGCAGAUCAACUACAUACAGCUGAGAUUGGACGUGGAGCAAGAGACCAUCGAGCUGGUUCAUUCCCACCAGACGGAGACGCGGGAUUUACCUUGCAGGGUUCCCAAAGACACACCAAGAUAUCACUUCUUCCUCUACAAACACUGCCAUGAAGGCGACUACCUCGAAUCCGUCGUGUUCAUCUACUCCAUGCCUGGAUACAGCUGCAGCAUCAAGGAGCGAAUGCUUUACUCCAGCUGCAAGAGUCGACUCCUGGAGGAGGUGGAAAAAGAUUACCAUCUGCAGGUCACGAAAAAGUUGGAAAUCGAUGAUGGAGACGAGCUGACAGAGGAGUUUCUGUAUGAAGAGGUCCAUCCAAAACAGCACGCAUUCAGGCAGGCCUUCGCCAAGCCGCGCGGCCCCGCGGGCAAGAGGGGUCACAAGCGCCUCAUUAAGGGCCCCGGCGAGGCCGUGCAGGACGCCUAGAGGCGGACAAAAAAACUUGCUGAAGUGUUUCUCAAGUGCCCGCACCUUGUAAAAAAAAACAAAAAAAAAAACACUGACACCUCAUCAGGCCCGUAACAAAGAGCUCAGUGUCCGAUUCAUUGUGAGCGCAGGAGACAUUUGUGAUAUAGAAGCUGGUCUCUCUCUAUGUAUACAGUUCAGAAUAAUAUCAGUGUGCUUAAAAGUCUAUAUAUAUAAAAAGAUCAACAUCCUUAUAGUACAUUUCAUUUUCAUUCAAACACUGCAUUGGGAACAUUGCAAAUUUAAAAGAAAAGUAAACAUGUAUCAAAUGUGUUGUUCCUUUACAGAAAGUGAUGAAAAAGUAAUUUUACAUAGUUGGGGAAAAAAAAAAUUACUGUCAGUUUUGCUUACCUGUGAUUCCCCAAACUAAUAAACUGUGAACCCAGACCCGAAAGGUUAAAGUAAUGAAGUGAUUACCAGCCCAAUCCCCAGACCCUAAUCCAAUAGAGAACUUGUGGAAUGCCACUAAAAAUGCUGUCUGACCCAAAAACCACAAAAUACAGAAGAAUUGUGAAAUGAAGUCCAAUGUCCACUGUUGAAGAAAUGGUGAAUCACCAAACUAAUAUUUAGUUUUAUCAACACUGUCGAACUAAGUUGACCAACCUCUGGCACCUGUAACCUGCUAUGCCAGCUCAGGUCUGUUGGACUAGAUAUCCCGAAGAAAACUCCCAAUUUUUUAAAGAAGAAAAAAAAAAAACGAGCUGAAGAAAUUACAGUUUGCCAAAGAACAUACUGGGGAACCUAAAUAUAAAUGUCACGACAUGCAGAUCUUUUAGAGUCUAGUAACUGCACAUAGUUUGUCAGACAACCUCCAAAAACUGUAUUCAGGCCACAUUACAGUGCAUUACAGUGCAGCAUGGUGGCACAAACAUUAUGAUAUUAUGUUGGUCCUAUUUAUGGCCUACCAGGAACCAAGGAUCCAUCUGAAUAGAGCAUCCAUCUGCCGAAGAGGAAAUGCCCUUGAAAUUGAAGUUUCAACAAGACCACCACCCUAGAUUUUCUUCCAGACUAACAAAAUGCAUGUUAUGCGGUGGCCAUCUUAAUCACCAGACCUUAAUCUGAUGGAGAACUAGAAAGGGGCGAUAAAAAAAAAUAAAUGCUGGUUCUAAGGCAAAAGCAUUAAAUGCAGAGGAAUUAUGGCAUGUAGUCCAUUGGGCCUGGCCUGGAAUAGCAAUUCAAUUUGACUUGAUCCAACACAGAUGUGAAGCAACUCUCAGAAAUAGUAAUUAAAUAUUAGCUUAGUGAUACACAGGGAAACAAAAUAUACAGCAGUUUUCAGUUUGUGCAGUGAAUGUCAUUUUUAAUAGCCUCAUGGUCAUUUUUAUUCCUCCAAAACACACAGCAUACUGCUUUCUCGACCAACAGGAUGAACGUUAUGGAGUGGCCAGCCCGAUCCCCGGACAUAAACCCAAUAGAGAACUAGUGGCCUGACAUUAAUAUUGCUUUUCUGAGGCAAAACCAUGAAAUGCAGGUGAAUUAUGGAAUGCCUAAUAUUAAAUGUUCUUUACUUUUUGUAACAAUAAAACAUUUGAUAUAUAUAUUUUUUUCAUUCUUCAAUUUAGAAUAAAACAUGCAGAGUUCCCAUUGCAUUCAAGUGUAUGCAAAUAGAAACUUUUUUAUGGAUUUACUUUACUCACUUAAACCCACUGCUAUUGUUCUGAACACAAGUGUAUAUGCAAACCAGGAUGGAAGUGAUAAUGUGAAGCCAAUCUUUUUUUUUCUUUUUUUUCUUCUUCUCCAUUCUGUUGAAGUGUAUCAGAAUAGUUGAUUUGUUUAAGGUAUGAGGGACUUCCACAAUAAAUCUGCAGUGGAGUUGUAAACACAUUUUUGUACCAGCAAUAUUUGUAAGAAACGAAAUUCCAAAUAAAAAUGUUUUUACUGUG